AUGAAGUGGUUCAACGAAUGCAAUCAAGAGAUUGGCUUUCCACUUAAGGAUUGGCAGCCCAAAAAAUACCCGGAAAGAGUUACGAUAGAAGGGAAACAUUGUUGGAUCGAGCCCUUGAAUAGUCAAACGCACGCUGCUCAACUAUUUGAGGCACACAAAAAAGCUAAAGAUGAAAGAAUAUGGACAUAUAUCCCGAUAGGCCCUUUUAAUAACCUUGAGGAUUAUCAAAAAUUCAUUACGGAUAUCGCUAAUUCAUCGCAAGAAGUACAAUUCGCCAUCAUAAAUAAAAAAACUGGGCGUUCCGUAGGAUCUUUUGCUUUGAUGAGAAUUGAUAAGGAAAAUGGCGUGGCCGAAGUGGGAUACGUCGUUUUUUCGCCAGAGCUUCAGAAGACCACCAUGGCUACUGAAGCACAUUAUUUACUGAUGAAAUAUGUUUUCGAAUCAUUGGAUUAUAGAAGAUUGGAGUGGAAAUGUGAUAGUCUCAAUAAACCGUCUCAAGCAGCAGCACAGCGUCUAGGAUAUAAAUUCGAAGGAACAUUUCGGCAGAUACAAGUGUACAAGGGCAGAAACCGUGACACUCACUGGUUCUCAGUUAUCGACUGCGAAUGGGAUCACUGUGAAAAGGCAUUUGAGCAGUGGAUGGACGAAGAGAACUUUGUAAAUGGCAAGCAGAAAAGAAGUUUAGUUCAGGUAAGAGAAAACUUGGGUAGAUAA